CAAAAAGUGAGGAUUUAACACUGCGUCAUAGCACUAGUUUGACAUUGCGAGUUUAGCUGCGAAGUUGGUUUCCACAACUGUACUCGGUAUAUCUGAGAGGAAAAGAAGCAGAAGACGAUAGAAGAAGAGACGGAAAAGUUCUACUCGCCGUUUCAUUAAACUCUGCAUCAUGUCUGUGACAGUGAAGGCUUACCUGCUUGGUAAAGACGAGGCUGUUAAGGAAAUUCGCAGGUUCACUGUGGAUCAAGAUGUGUCCAGCAACUUUGAAUAUCUAAGCCGGAAAACUGUGACGAUGUUCGGGAAUCUUCGGAACAACGGCUUCACUAUGUACUACAGAGAUGAAGAUGGAGACCUGGUGGCGUUCUCCACUGAUGAUGAACUGAUGAUGGGGUUGGCUUGUACAAAGGACGACACCUUCCGCCUCUUCAUCAAGGAGAAGAAAGAGCACCGUCGGGACUUUCCUGUCCAUGCCUUACCCCCUUCCUUCGGAAUCCCACCUAUUCCUCCAAUUCCUCCAAUUCCUCCAAUCCCUCCUAUCCCUCAUGUCCCUCAUAUGGGCCCACCACCUGCUUUGCAUCCCAAUGUCACCUGUGACAGUUGUGAAGGCCCUGUGAUUGGACCUCGCUUCAAGUGUUCCGUUUGUCCAGACUAUGACCUAUGCUCAACCUGCCAAGCCAGUGGGAAGCACACUGAGCAUGCAAUGCUGCCAAUUUGGCAUCCAAUGCAGCACUGCUUUCCUCGUGGGAAGUGGAUGAAGUGGUUUAAAGCCUUUAGGCAGAACCAGGCUCUGGCCCACAACCUUUGCCAGAAUCAAGGUCAAGCCCAAAACAAGGACCAGGGUCAGUCUGUAAACCAGGACCAGGAUCCUAACCAAGAUGGACCUACACCUGCAGCAAACAGUGCUGCUCAGGCCAAUGUUGACUUCCUGAAAAACAUUGGUGAAGGUGUGGCUGCUAUGCUGAGUCCUCUGGGUAUUGAUGUGAACAUUGAUGUCGAGCACGCUGGUCAGAGGGAGAAGGUCAACACCAACAGUCAGAGUGAGGGCCUGCAGGCAGAUGUGGAGAUGGAGGACAAUGGUGAAGGAUCAAAGGCGCCAAAUAAAGACUCCGAUGAGGAGUGGACUCAUGUGAGCCCCAAAGAGGUCGACCCAUCCACUGGUGAGCUGCAGUCCCUCAACCAGGAAGAGGUUCAAGACAUAGACCAAAUGCAAGAUGAGAAUGCCCCCUCAGGAGCUCAGCAGGGUCCAUCAGGUUUAAAGGAGGCUGCCUUGUACCCACACCUGCCUCAAGAAGCAGAUCCCCGUCUGGUGGAGGCUCUGUCCCAAAUGUUGUCUAUGGGAUUCACUGAUGAAGGUGGCUGGCUGACACGCCUUCUUCAGGCCAAAGGCUACGACAUUGGAGCUGCACUUGACGCCAUCCAAUAUGCAAAGCAGCCACGUCAACCCCAGCCUUAAAGACAUCUCCAUCCAUACUCUGAAAUAAUCAUGGCUGAUGUCAACAUCUCCUGUCUCUAAUCAAACACUUUAAAUGAUUUUAUCACUGUUCUUGUUUUAAGUACUUUGUUGAUUUAAUCCAUUCCCUUUCUAAUUGGUAUCCUGGUUGGUAUUCCUGGUUAUUCCAAACAAACUGUUAAUCAAUGCUUUUGCUCAUUGGUGUUUCUACUGCUUUAUUAUAUUCAUAACAUUCUGAAAAAUAAAAGAUGAUUAGUGCAACUGA